ACACAAAAAUCAUAACCAUUCGUGGGUUGUGGAGAGAGAUGAUCUCGCCUCAAAAUAAUGUGCUUAUUAUAUGAUGCGUUUCACGAGGUGUUUAGAAAGAAAAUUUUGACUCAUAAGUGCCUUAUAUGGAAACAAACGCCGCUUAUUAUUAUUAUUGAUUAUUUUUACUAUUCUUCUUAUUCUUUGGCUGUGUAGUUGGCUUUGAUAUGAUAUGCAUGCCUUGCAAUAUAUAUAUACCGUUGAGAGUUAGAGAGAGACAUUUACUACAGAGACAUUUUCAUAUAGAGAUUGUAUAAAGCUAAACUCUAUCAGACGGGAACCUGAAUAUGGCUGAUUUCUGUUUAGUUACUAAUGUUAUGCUCUAAUCUUGGAAUCUUUCUUUUAGCGAGAAACUACCAAAUACUGGAGCAAUGUGGUCGCUUAUGAGAGAAAUUAUAACAUAUUUAGAAUGAUUAUUACUUAGUAGAGGUAUAUAGAUUUUGAAUAUCCAUCUAAUGGAUAUUAAGAAUUUAGGAGUAGGUCCAUUGUGGCGGCCAACUUCACUAAUUUUUCUUAAGAGCACAAAGAAACAAACGGAUGAGGGAAGAAGAAUGGAGGAGACAAGGAGUAUGGCUAUGGAGAGAGGUAAAAUCCAAAAAACAACUUUGUUUAGAAGUGCGUCUCUUGCAAUCUCCAAGGAAGGAAUAGAUGAGGACCAUUGGCUUUUUUUCUUUUUCCUGUGUUUGGAAUGAUACAAAUAACAGGAUUUUGAGUUGUGUUCAGGUACAUUGAGGACAUGGAUAAUUGAGGGGAUGAGUUGCCACUUGCCACUUGGCUUGGAAUGCCAUCACUCAUUCCUCUAUCCAGCCUUGAUAACCCCCCUUAGGCUAACUUUGUGACACGUGUCCAUGCAUGCAUGGGCUCUGAUUCUGCCAGAAUAUUCCAUGACUAAGCUUAUCUAUAUAGAUUGGUCUUCUGCUUUUGCUCUUUCGCCCCUCACCUUCCCAUCUCUCUCAGAAUCACAUCCUUCCCCCCCUCCCCAACUUCUAAACAUGUCUGCCUUUGUUGGAAAGUAUGCAGAGGAGCUGAUUAAGAAUGCCAAGUUCAUUGCGACUCCAGGGAAGGGCAUAUUAGCAGCUGAUGAGAGCACAGGCACAAUUGGGAAGCGACUGGCAAGCAUAAGCGUUGAAAAUGUGGAGUCCAACCGCCAAGCCCUUCGUGAGCUUCUCUUUACCUCUCCCAAUGCUCUCUCUUAUCUCUCUGGUGUAAUCCUCUUCGAAGAGACCCUUUACCAAACGACAUCAGACGGGAAGCCAUUCGUGGAAGUGCUUCAAGAGAACAAUGUCAUUCCAGGCAUCAAAGUAGACAAGGGAACUGUGGAGUUGGCUGGCACUAACGGCGAGACCACAACUCAAGGCUUCGACUCCCUUGGGGCUCGGUGCCAACAAUUCUACAAGGCCGGUGCUCGCUUUGCCAAGUGGCGUGCUGUUCUCAAGAUUGGCGCUACUGAGCCCUCUGAGUUGUCUAUCCAACAGAACGCUCAGGGCUUGGCUCGCUAUGCCAUUAUCUGUCAAGAGAAUGGCUUGGUCCCUAUUGUGGAGCCUGAAAUCUUAACUGAUGGCCCUCAUGAUAUCAACAAAUGUGCUGCUGCUACUGAGAUUGUGCUGGCUGCGGUUUACAAGGCGCUAAGUGACCACCAUGUGCUUCUUGAAGGGACCCUCCUCAAGCCCAACAUGGUCACCCCUGGCUCCGGUAGCCCAAAGGUAGCUCCAGAGGUAGUUGCGGAGUACACGGUGGCUGCACUUCGCCGUACGGUCCCAGCUGCCGUCCCGGGGGUCGUCUUCCUGUCCGGAGGACAAAGUGAAGAAGAAGCCACACUGAACCUCAAUGCCAUUAACAAAGUGGAAGCGUUGAAGCCAUGGACUCUUUCCUUUUCAUUUGGACGAGCAUUACAACAAAGUACGCUGAAGAUAUGGAGUGGGAAGAAAGAGAACGUUGGGAAAGCUCAAGCAGCGUUCUUGGAGAGGUGCAAGGCCAACUCCGAAGCCACUCUCGGCAAGUACGGCGGUGGCAGCGGCGGCGGGUUGGCCUUCGAGAGCCUGUACGUGGCUGGCUACAAAUACUAAAUUUACUUCAAUUGUGUGGCUGAAUGAACUGUAUAAUAAUACUACUCGAUCUUCUCUCUUCCUCAAUGCACACAUCUCAAGUUUGUGUAUGAUGUAACCAAAGGUCUCUGCAUCUUGUCCGUGCUCUCCCUAAAUUCAUUUGAAAGGAUAUGUGCUACUAUUUUUGGUGUGGUGUUGUUUCCUAUUCAAAGAAAUGAGUUUUCAAGUUCA